CCAUGGCAGCCAUGAUCUAACUAACUUGAAACAGGAAAGGAGUACCGGAAUUGUCACGUUUAAUAUCUCCAUCGUGUUUAGAUUUUCCUUUAUUGUUUACACAGAAGAGGUGACUGAUAUACGCACACUGGAAUUCACGGAUAAGUGUUAAUAAUGUGAUUGCAUCUUCGACUGAAGCGACCGGGUUUCUAGUUGCAGGACAGGAAUUUCACAUCGCAAGUCAAGCGCCAAAUGUGAUGAGCUGCGAUUAAUGUCAAAUGGUGGAACUUCUUACAGCCCUGGCAUUGCUGCCAAAAUGUGUUGUUAAAUGGCGAAAUAUGGCAUUUGGUUAAUUGGAAUUGAUUACAUCAUCAUAAUUGAAAUGUGUAAAUGAGACACGGUACGAAAGUGUCGGUGAUUUGGGGGCGGUUUGUUGUUGACAGAGUUGACAGUUAAUCCCAACUCAAGUGAUUACCGUCCCUCAACUGAAUAUACCUGCACCUGUUGAAAUUUAAUUUUAAUCUCAAGUAGGAUCAGAAUUGUAAAGAUCCCAAGAUGGUGAUGUCAGAUACCGAUUACAAACGGCGGCUCGCCAGCCUUGAAGAAAAGAUGAGGAAUCCUAAUUCAGAGAUCAAUGUAGAUGGUUUGCUGGACAGUAUAACAGCUCUGGUGGCCGAUCUAGAUCAUACAGCCAUCAAGCGGAAUAAGAAUGUGGAACAUUUCCUUCUCCGAUAUGGAAAAACUGUAGACUUACUAAGGAAACUUCGUAUGAAAGCAGACGAUUUUGAUGUGAUCAAAGUUAUAGGUCGUGGUGCCUUUGGUGAAGUACAGUUGGUGCGACAUAAAAGGGCUAAGAAGGUGUAUGCAAUGAAGUUGCUCAGUAAAUAUGAAAUGUUGAAGCGAUCCGACUCAGCUUUCUUCUGGGAAGAACGUGAAAUUAUGGCAAAUGCCAACAGCGAGUGGAUUGUCCAGCUUCACUAUGCAUUCCAAGAUGGCCGAUUCCUGUAUAUGGUGAUGGACUACAUGCCCGGAGGCGACCUGGUCAACCUCAUGAGUAACUAUGAUGUACCUGAGAAGUGGGCCAAGUUCUACUGUGCUGAAGUUGUCCUGUCCCUAGAUGCUAUCCACUCCAUGGGAUUCGUACACAGGGACGUGAAGCCAGACAACAUGUUGCUGGAUGCUGCUGGUCAUCUCAAGCUGGCUGACUUUGGCACCUGUAUGAGGAUGGAUGCUGACGGGCUGGUUCGGUCGGACACUGCUGUAGGGACGCCAGACUACAUCUCCCCCGAGGUGCUCAAGUCCCAGGGCGGAGAGGGACUCUACGGCCGCGAGUGUGACUGGUGGUCAGUCGGGGUCUUCCUCUAUGAGAUGCUCGUUGGUGACACACCUUUCUACGCUGAUUCCCUUGUGGGCACUUAUGGCAAGAUCAUGGACCACGCCCGAUCUCUGCAGUUUCCCCCUGAUGUGGACAUGUCGGACCAAGCUAAAAGUAUUAUAUGUGCCUUCCUUACUGAUAGAACAGGAAGGUUAGGACGAAAUGGUGUAGAUGAAAUCAAAAGACAUCCCUUCUUCAGAGACGAGAACUGGACAUGGGACAGUAUAAGGCAAAGUGAGUAAUAUUGAUGUCCAGUGCUCGCCGUUGUCCCAGAACUUUCAAGUGAUAUAGACACCAGCAACUUUGACGACAUCGAGAAAGAGGACACACCACAAGAAAACUUCCAGCCACUGAAAGCAUUUGCUGGCAACCAUCUACCCUUUAUAGGAUUUACAUAUAAUAAGGAGUACCAUCUGGCGGUUAGUGUUCCCGGGACCAGCAGUGGUGGUGGAGACGAUGGUUCUCGGCACCUGGAGAACCAAGUUAAACAGCUCGUGGCAUCCAAGGAUGACAUUGAGAAAAAAUAUAGGAAUGCUGUGGAGGAUCUGAACCGAGCGUCCCAGGAGGAGUCGAUGGCCAAGAAGGAGCUGACUCAGAUGGAGAGGACCAUGGCGAUGAUCAAACACGACAUGAAGGAGCUUCAAAGGAAACUUGAUUUGGAGACCGAGGCCAAGUCAAAAGCUGAGAAUCUGUUGAGAGAACAAUCCAAGAAACUGGAACAUGAGCAGACUUACCGCGCCCAGAUGGCGUCCAGCAGCAUGCAGAACAACGAGAAGGUUGCCAGUCUGGAGAGAACAGUUGGAGACCUAACUGAUAAGUUUCGAGCAGAAACAGAAAACACCAACAAAUUCAAGAGAAUGUACACCGAGUUACAGCAGCGUUACACCGGGACAGAGCAGAGCUAUGCAGACCUCAACAACAAGUACAUGGAGGUGGUCAACGCCAGGCAGCACAUGGAGCGAGAACUGGUGGCUCUCCAGGCAGCAUUAGACCAGGAACGCAACAACCGCAACCACGAGUCAGAGCACACCAUGGAACUUAAUGAUCGGAUCCGCGGGCUGCAGAAUGAGAAGGACAGGCUGAUGGAAAAGGAGCGUGCGAAUGGUCAGGAGCUGCAGAAAAAACAGAGCAUUGUUGUGCAAUUAGAAAAGAGAGUGGCCAAUGUGGAACUUGAGAGAGACAACUUCUACCGCAAGCUGGAAGCAGAGAUCCAGUCUCACAAGGAGACCGUGGCUCGCUACAAUGCUGACAAAAAGAAUAUCCUUAUGUCUACAGAAGAAGCCAACAUGGAGGCUAUGAAAGAUAUGCAGAGCAAGCUGGACCAUGAGCGGGUGGUGCGUCAGAACAUGGAGCAGCGCUGUCUGGAGAGUGAGAAGAGGAACAGUGAGCUGACGGUUGAUCUGACACAGCUACAGCAGAGGAUUACAUCAUUACAGGCUGAACUCCGUGCAGAAACAGAGAAGUGUCGGAACUUAGGCUUACAGGUGGAACAGGAGGUACAGAGGAGGAACCUCAUGCAGGGAGAUUUCAAGACACAGAACCAAGAGCUCACCAAAGCCAAGGCCAAAGAAAAACAGCUGCUUAAGGAAAUUGCUGACUACCGGGAAGACAAGAGGAACAUGGAAGAAGAUAUGAGGAAGAAGUCGGAUGAUGCCUCUGUUAAUGACCUGCAGUUGAAGGAAAUCAGUGAACAGCUGGAAGCUGAAAGCUACUUCUCUUCUCUGUACAAGACGCAGGUGAAGGAGCUGAAGGAAGACCUGAGUGAGAAGAAACAACAGAUACAGGAUCUCAACAACGACAUCCAGACACUCACUGUAGAGAAGGACCACUGCCUAGCACAGUUACAACUGGCCAUGACAAAGGCAGACUCCGAGCAGCUAGCACGGACCAUCGCAGAGGAGCAGCUGUCGGACGUGGAGAAGGAGAAGACCAUGUUGGAGCUGGAGAUCAAGGAACUCAUGUCCAGACACAAGUCCGAGCUCAACAAGAAGGAGUUCAAUCUCAACCAGAUCGAGGAGUCUAAGAGGGACUAUGUCAACAACAUCGAGAAGCUGAAGCAGGAAAAUGAUGAUCUGAACAUGAGGAUCAAGAAACUGUCUGAUGAGGCACAAAAUUCCAAGCAGUCAGAAUGGGAGAAGAUGAAGAAACAGCUGGAUGAAGAAAGGAUGAAGAAAAUCCAGGCUGUGAACAAGUUGGCGGAGAUCAUGAACCGCAAGGAGUACCAGCCUCACAAGUCCAGCAAGGCCAGCGCUGCAGACCUCAAGAAGAAGGAGAAGGAGCUGAGGAAACUACAGCAGGAGCUCACCAUGGAGAAGGAGAAGUACAACCAGAUGGUGGCCAAGAUGCAGCGGGACAUCUCCGACUACCAGCAGAGUGUGUACGAGGAGAGCCAGCUCCGCCAGAAGCUCACCAUGGAGAUGGACGCCAAGGAUUCAGAGAUAGAAUUGCUCCGACAGAAGCUCUCCGUUGCAAACAUGGACUCGGCAUCUGUCAACAGUGGUAGCAUGGAAGAACCUGUGUCAGAAGAAAAUCAAGACUCCCACAUGGAGGGUUGGCUGGCUGUCCCGAGUCGCUCCAACAUCAAGAAGUAUGGGUGGAAGAAGAGCUAUGUUGUCAUCAGCAGCAGAAAGGUCCUCUUCUACAACAGUGAGGCAGACAAAAUGAAUUCUGCACCAUCUGUAAUAUUAGAUAUAGACAAAUUAUUCCAUGUGCGGCCAGUGACCCAAGGUGAUGUUUAUAGGGCUGAUGCCAAAGAUGUUCCAAGAAUAUUCCAGAUCCUGUAUGCGACUGAGGGGGAAAGUGCCAUCCGGAAGCCAGAGGAAGAUCAGAGUCAGGACAGAGCUGGUGUUCUCUGUUACAAGGGUCAUGACUUCAUCCCCCUGCACUUCCGCACGCCGACAACGUGUGACUCCUGCAACAAGCCGGUGUGGCACAUGCUACAUCCACCCCCAGCGCUGGAGUGCAAAAGAUGUCAUGUUAAAGUCCACAAAGAUCAUUUUGACAAGAAUGAAGAGUUCAUCGCAUAUUGUAAAGUUACAUAUGAUUCCAGUAUACAGGCAAAGGAGAUGAUAUUGUUAGCAGAAUCCUCAGAGAAACAGAAACUCUGGGUGCAACACCUCAGUAAAAAGGUCUCCAAAAAGGGUAUUGUCAGUUCAGGAAAUUUAGGGACGUUACGAGGCACAAAGCAGUAUUCCUCCUAUGGACCCCAGCAGCGUGGCCAUGCCAUGGCCAGCAAGUCUGCCACACUGCCAGCCAACCCGCGAUCAUGAGGACUCCACCCAACAUUGCCUAGCUUGUCCCUACCUUGUCAUACAGGGGCUCAUCCAAGAAGUCUCACCCCGGCCAACGUUUGCCUCCAGGCGGCUGUUGGCUCUGUAUCAUAUCACUGACCUGCCUGACCCUCAACGUCAUUGGGACGGCACCUGCCACUCAUCAGGAGCUUCAUCAGCAGCCCAGUUAUGGGCAGAACCGAAAGCCCAAACACAUACUCUAUAGAUAUAAUCCUUAGGUACUGGCAGUGUGUGGGGUCAACUGGUGCAUCUAUCUGCUGGUCAGUUGGGUGUUGAGAAUGUACCGUGCAGACCCUACUCUGACCAACACCUGUACUCUCCUGCAUAUCUCGACCCAACACUAACCAGCCAGUGAGAUCGGCUGCACUGCCAUGGAUAUCUCCAGCAUGGCCUGACUACAGAAAACCACAUGCUCUGGCUUCCAGUGUGAUGAAACCAAGUGAUUACUGAAUGGUUGCUACUAAAACAUGGAGGUGCAAGGUUGCUGUGAUGGAUAAAUUUUGACAUUGUUUGCUUAUUUCUUUUGUUGAAAUGUGUAAUUUGUACCUUGGUGUACGAUGUGUGUUGAAUGGUCAGUGUCCUCUACCUCUGCUGAGUUGUGCUUUGUGCUGGUAGGUUGGCUGCAACUCUGUGGUGUAGUGUUGACCAACAGGAUGGGACACACCACUACACCAGCUGCCAACUACCUUAGCCAUUAAUAUUCAAGUUCUCAUAAUUAUUCCAAAUCAUAUGUCACUUUUGCCAAGCUUUUAUGUUGAAGAAAUCUUACUAUUUAUAUGCAACUGAUCUUUGUGCAGCUAUUAUGAUUAUGCAAUGUUGGAUUGUAAAUGUUGUAUUUCACACAUAUCUUACUACUUCAGGGCUGAGUAUGGUGCCUAGAAAACUGAGUGGUGUAACAGAACACCAGGGUGGCACCUCUAGCUUUGUUAGGAACUUGUGUUGACUGGUACAUUGUGCUUCUGUCUUCAUUGCCAAAAUCUGAAAAGAUUCUUUCAGUGCAAUAUGAGAGUAACAUAGCCAAUGGUGUUCAGUGUGAGCCAGGGCAGCUGCGGUUGCUGUUGCUGCUGAUGCACCCGUGGUGUGGGGGGGAGGCACAGGCUGCUCAUAGCCUUCCACUCUUGGAGGGACAAGGAGAGGUUAUGGAAAAGAAUUUACCAUUACAGCCAAAGAUUUUAUAAGAAUUUCUGUGGCUUUUAUACAGGACACUGGGAAGUUGGUAGUUCGUAAACUCCUUGCUCAAACUAAUGAAUUCAUCUGUUUGGCUGGUAGGUAUGGCAGUGGUAGCUUGUUGAAAUCAAAAUACUCACGUGUAGUGGUCAUUGCAGAAACUACAGUGCUUAGUCGCUUUAUGUACUGCACAAACAUCUCUAUGCCUAGUGUAUGUAUAUGUUGGCGUUUCAUAGUAAAACUAAAGCAUACUACUACAGGUCUCAUUGUAUGGGAUUAAGUGCCUCAUUAUUUAUCUUCAAGUAUGAACCAAGUGUUCUUUAUGUAAAUCCUUAGCGCGCGCUGGAGGAAAGCAAGUGUUUGCAAUAUACCUCCUAAUUUCUGAGAAUAUUAACCGUGAUGAAAUCCACAGGGUUUUGAGGGCUGUCUCCAGUGAUGAAUAUCAAUCCUGCCAAUGUUGAAUGUUUGACUGGCUUCAAGUGAGCUGGAGCAGUGAAGACUGCGUCAUCCUGUCGAUGUGGGCAAAGGCUAGACGCGUUAGGAGGUGACAGGGGGCAGCUGGGAAUUGGAAUGUGGGUUGGUCGGUAGAGAAGGGAUCUGACUGGGACGAGAACUGGGACGGGGAUGGGAGAUGAAGGGGAAAGGGAAGAGCUUAUUGGUGCUAUAACCUGGAUUAUAUGGUAUGAUCACUUUGUUUAUCUAGAACAGACCUAGAUAUCUUCUCAAGGUAUCCAAGUUGAGUGUGAUAUUUUGAUAAUUUGUUGGUGAUUGUUAUCUUUAUUCUGUCAGAGCUUAUUUUUCUCUGUUUGGCAUGUACUGUGUUUCUCCACAGAGCUUUGUGCAGCCAUGUUGUUUGUGAGUUGUGUCGACACACACACACACACCUUCACCUCAUGAUGGCCAUAAUAAAUCACAGCUGGCACUCCCUGUGUACACCUGCUUCUGCUUCUCAACAUAUGCUUACCUGCUACCUGGAUCUUUUUCUGUGGGAAUGUCUGUGAGGGAAGCUCUGCUUCUAGGAAUGUCUUGUUCUGGGGCCAGUGCAUUAAUAGGCAAGACUAUUUAUGACCAAAA